AAGCAGAAGAACCGCUGAGCUUCUCUCUAAUUCUCCAUAUACAAGACAAGCGGCGUGACAGGACAGGAGCAUGAGCGCAGACGCAAAGCCCACGACCUGUUACGGGGGCAGCUAUGUGGACAGGUUUCAGUUGUACUUGGAACAGUCAGGGGAGCACGGAGCCAUUCUUCAAUAUGUUCACCACUCCCUGGCUGAAGAGUUUAAAAGAAUUGGAGCACUUAAAGGAAGCUUGGAUGUUCUUGGAGUUGGAAGCGGUGGAGGUGAGUUGGACGUCCAGAUGCUUUCCCUCUGGCAGUCGACGUUCCCUGGUGGUCCCAUCGCUACAGACAUCGUGGAGGGUAGCUCAGAGCUCACAAACAACUUUAAAGCUUUGGUAGCAAAGACCUCCAGCCUUGACAAUAUUGAAUUUUCUUGGCAUAUCAUGUCCAGUGAAGAAUAUGAGAAGCAAGUGAAAGCAAAGAGAGACAUCAAGAAGUUUGACUUCAUCCACAUGAUUCAGAUGAUUUACUACGUGAACAACCUUGGUCAAACGAUCAAGUUUCACCAGAGUCUUCUGAAGAGAAACGGCAGGCUUAUGAUCAUCGUUGAAGCCGCCGACAGUGGCUGGGACAUCCUGUGGAAGACUUACCACGAGGAGCUGUGUGUCGGCGGCAUCACAGAAUACCGCGCAUCCAGAGAGGUCGUCGCCUGCCUGGAGAGCCAGGGUCUUAAAUACGAGGAGCAUUCACUUCCCCACAGUUUUGACAUCACCGAGUGCUUUAAUCCUAGCAGCGUGACUGGAGAUUGUCUGCUGAGUUUCAUGACAGGAAAAGAGCACUUCUCUGAAUCCUUCAGCCCAGAGAUUAGAGCCGGCAUGUUAGACCUGCUCAGGAGCAAGUGCAGCACUGAAAGAGAUGGGAGGGUUUUCUUCAACAGUGAUCUGAAAUGCAUUCUUGUUCAUGAUUAAGUUUAUCUUGAUGUUUGUAACAGACUUUCUAUACAGGACUGUCUCAGAAAAUCAGAAUAUUGUGAUUUUCUGUAAUGCAAUUACAAAAACAAAAAUGUCAUACAUUCUGGAUUCUUUACAAAUCAACUGAAAUAUUGCAAGCCUUUUAUUAUUUAAUAUUGCUUAUUCUAAUUUUCUGAGACAGUUCUGUAGUGUUCUGAUUUCCCAAAUGAAGAAAUUGAUACCUUAAAAACAACUUUAGCAUGUCACAUUUUGUUUCCAUUCCAUAAUCAGGUAGCAA